UCCCUACAGCCCCCGCGAGGGCUCCGGCUCUCCGGCGGAGGCACAGUGUCGCGACGGCCCGUAGGAAGAGGGAAGAAGGCUUCGUGCUGCGUGCGAGGCGGGGACCGGGGCACCCGUGCGGGCCGACCCCCAAGCUGGACCCACCCAGGGAGUUCAGGAUGAUCUCAUCUCAAGAUCCUUAACUACAUGUGCAAAACUCCUUUCCCAGCUAAGGCUCCCUGAAGUUACCCAGAGCCACGUGAAUGAGUUCUGGCUAAUGGAAUGUGGACAGGAGUGAUGGAUAACAUAAAAUGGCCUACAUCAUCUUUUUCACUUGUUUCAUCAGUCAGCUGGACAGAGGAGAUUCAGCAGAAAAUCCUGAGAAGGACAUAAAGAACAGCAGAGACCCAGGAUAGAAGGAGCUUGGGUACCUAAAUCAAGGACAAUCUUCUAGGAAGGUCACUUGACCCCACUUGAGACUGUGACAUGAGCAAAAAGGAAGUCUGUAUUGUGUUGAGCUACUGAGAUCCUGGGAUUGUUUGUGUAGUCACUGUUAUGUGCUGUUAGUGAAUACAUCUUUUUAAAAAACUAAAAUCAUAGAGCUCCUGGCUGGCUCAGUCAGUAGAGCACGUGACCCUUGAUCUUGGGGUCAUGAAUUCAAGCCCUAAGUUGGGCAUGGAGCCUACUUAAGAAAAAAAGAACUAAAAUUGUGACUCUCAUGCAAGUAUAAAAUGAACAUGUGUCAAAGAUUUUGUUUCUUAAUAAGGUGUUACAGCCAGUUUUUUGAGGGUGGAAGAAGGGACCAUAAGCAAGGAAUACUAGGAAUGCAGUUUAAAUGUUGAAAAGGCAAGGAUAUGACUUCUCCCCUAGAACCUCCAGAAAGAGGGUAGCCUUCCUGCCACUCCAAUUUCAGCUCAGUGAUACUGAUUUCAGACUUCAGGCACCCAGAACUGUGAAAGAAUGCAUUUCCGGUAUUUUAAGCCAUCAGGUUUGUGGUAAUAUGUUAUAGCAGCCACAGGAAACUAAUACACUGUCCUUCAUUUCUGCCUCUCUGUGUGGGCUCCAUUCUCUUGACAGGUUCUCCCUUCAUGGAGACACGAAGGCUGCACCUGUACCUGCUGACAGGUAUUCAGGGUUUAAAGUUCCACAGGAAAUACAAGCCCUAAUAGUUCAGAAAGAAUCCCUGCCCUGUGAAACCCAUAGGUCCAAGUAGGUCAUCUGUGGAUCCUGAGUCAAUCCUGAGGGCCAAGGGGAAUUGGAUGCAUUCACACUUGCCCAAACCCAAAUUGAGUGGGGGCAACUGAGAGACUUUUACACAGAAAAGAACGAUCCCAGCUCGGACGUGUUAUCGGACCCGCGCCCCCGGCUCCCACGGCCUGGCCUCGCAGGCGCGCUCUGGGACCACUGAGACUAAGGUCUCCACGCCGCCCAGAGCAGCCCGGAAGUGGCUCGGCCAAGUGGGGUCGGGACGGAAGUGCGGUAGCCCGAGAGUCAGUGGGCUCUGCUCGCUCUUCCGUGAGCCACGUAGGUCAUUUACUGUCCGUCUAUUCACCCUUCCAUUCGUUACUCCUGCUCUCGUUCCCUAGGCCCGCCAACAUUCCUAACUCCGUUUAUUCAUUCAUUCGUUCAGACCUCCUCCCGGCGCUCCUGGUUCCCGCUUCCGAGCCUUUGCAUGUGCCUUCUGCACGCCAGCAUCCAACCUCCACUCUCACUUGCCCGGUGUGAUCCAAGCCCAGAGCUUCCUGAGACCAAAACCCCCUUUGGACGUCUCCUGCUCAGUGUCCCUCCCCUUCUCCCACUUUGUAUUUUUUCACCCAGUCCCCAGUAGAUUUGCCUAUCCUGGACAUUUCAGAUAAAUAGAACUAUUCAAUGUGAAGUCUUUUGUGUCUGGAUUCUCUCACCUAGCAUAGUGUUUUCAAGGUUCAUGUAUCCUAUAGGAUGUAACCAUAUUUCAUUCCUUUUUACGGCAGAAUGAUAUUUGAUUGUAAGUAUCAGCCACAUUUUGUUUAUCCAUUGAUCAGUUGAUGGACAUUGGCCUGUUACCAUUUUUUGGCUGCUAUAGUAAUUAUAUAUAUUAUAUAUUAUCUGUAUUACUGUAUUAUCUGUACUACUGCUAUGACAUUCAUGUGCAAGCUUUUGCAUGGAUACUUUUUUUUUUUUUUUUUUUUUUUUUUUUUUGCUUCUCUGCUUCUUGGUUACAUUUAAAACCUUGACCAGGAGAAAGAAAGAGGAAAAGAGACAGGAAAAGAAAUGGGGGAAAGCUCAAAUUCCCUUAGCAACAGUUUCCUCACACACAGCGCUGCCACAGAUCUCUAUUUUUUAAAAAAUUUGAAAACACACACAAGAUUAAGGAGGAAAAAAAUGGAAAAAGGAUGCCCCAAGGUCCAGAGGAAGCGCCCUAGGCCCUGUGGCUACCCUGUCUGGGAAGGGGUAUGAUGGCUGCCCAGAAGAACAAGGCAUCAGCCCUGGCCCCCGGGGUCCUUCAGAGCACACCAGCCCCAAUGACUACUGAGGCAAGGUGGAGUCGCCAGCACAGUGGCCCAACAGGUGGCUCCAGGAAAAGGUGACAUUCCCUGGAUUGCGCUGAAGACUGACACUCCAGGCCACUCUGAGGGGGCUGCAUCUGGAGGCCUGGGGGCCUGGGAGGACCCCAGAGAAGCUCCUCCGGUGGAGGCAAAGGACCAGGGGGCCCCCAGAGGGAAGCUGGAGCCUGCAGACUGUAGGAGGGACUGGGGCAGGCCCAGAAGCAUCCAAGAGGGCCUGGUGCCCGGCCCCUUGCCUCUCCACAGGGAGCCUGCCUGCCGGUGCAGUAAGUGCAACAAGACGUUCAGCUAGAGUUCCUACCUGCUGCAGCACCAGCGAGUGCACAUGGGCGGGAGGCCCUGUGAAUGGCCGGUCUGCCACAGAGCCUUCAACUGGAACUCCAACUUCCUGGAGCACCAGCAUGCACGCAGGCGCACGGCCCCACACCUGCCCGGCCUGGGGCAAGGCCUUCAGCCAGAACUUCGACCUGGCCGAGCCCCUGAAGAUACAUGGGGUCGCGCAGCUGCACGCCUGUCCCGACUGGGUCAAGGCCUUCCUGCACGUGGCCGGCCUGCGGCAGCACCAGCGCACACAUUGGCAAGAGGCCCUUUGAGUGCACCCAGUGCAGCCAGGCCUUCGUCGUGGGCUCCAGCCUGACCGAGCACAGGUGCAGGCAGACAGGUCUCUUGCUGAGCCCAGCGAUGACGGAGGCGGCAGUAGCAUUCCAGACCCAGCCAGACCUGUGGGCAGAGGUUGAAUCGCUGCUGGAACCCUGGGCCAAUGUGACACUGACUUGCCAUGCCUGUCUGAAGACCAUGAAUUUUGAGCUGUUCAAGGAUGGGGUAACCCAGGAACUUGUGCACCUUGGUUUACCUGCUAUGGAGUACCAGUUCCCCCUAGGACCAGUGACAAGUGACACCCAGGGCCUGUACCGCUGCCGCUCUGGUUUGAGCAGCGGAUGGACCCAGCUGAGCAAUCUCCUGGAGGUGACUGGGGCAGAGACCCUGCCCCCGCCUGUGCUCUCAACGGAGCCCGUGUCCUGGAUCACACCUGGCCUGGAGACAAAACUGCUGUGCCGUGGGGGAUUUCGGGGUGUCACCUUCCUGCUGAGGCUGGAAGGUGAUGACCAGUUUUUGGAGGUGUUUGAGGCUCCUACAGGCGUGGAGGCCACCUUCCCAGUCCGUCGGCCUGGCAACUACAGCUGCAGCUACCGCACCCAUGCAGCAGGUGCACCCUCUGAGCCCAGUGCUACUGUGACAGUCGAAGAGCUGGGCGCACCGUUGCCGCCCACGCUGAGUCUCCAGGGAGAGUCUGCAGCCGCCGUCCUGCACCCGGGUGUCCGCAGGACCUUGGUCUGCGUGGCGCCCCUAAGCGGCGUGCACUUCCAGCUGAGGCGGGGCGAGGAGGUGCUGCAAGUACCCAUGAGCUCCACCAGCCCAGACCGCGUCUUCUUUCACCUGAACGCGGUGGCUCUGGGCGACGGCGGUCUCUACACCUGCCGCUAUCAGCUGCGUGGCCAGCAAACCUGGUCCGUGGACAGUGCGCCCGCCGAGCUGCUGCUGAGCGACGAGACGCUCCCCGCGCCGGAGCUCUCGGCCGAACCCGCGACUCCGCGGCCGGCGCCCGGCGCGUCCCUGCAGCUGCGGUGCCGCGCGCCCCGGCGCGGCCUGCGCUUCGCCCUGGUGCGCGAGGACGCCGGCCAGCGCCGGGUGCACCGAGUCCUGAGCCCCGCGGGCACCGAGGCCCACUUCGAGCUGCGCGAUGUCUCGGCCGCGGACUCGGCCAACUACAGCUGCGUCUACGUGGACACUGAGCCCCCCUUCGCGGGCUCGGCGCCCAGCGCGCCCUUGGAGCUGUGCGUGGAGGGGCCCCCUCCCAGGCCCCAGCUCCGGCCCCUGUGGCGCGGGGCGGUGACUCCGGGCCGCGACGCCGUCCUGCGCUGCGAAGGCCAGGUGCCGGACGUCACGUUCGAGCUGCUGCGGGCCGGUGAAAAGGAGGCUUUGACCCAGACCCGGACCGCCCACCGCUCAGCAGACCUUGUGCUGACCUACGUGGGGCCGCAGCACGUGGGCAACUACAGCUGCCGGUACCGCAGGUCGUGGCCCAAAGUCUUGGUGUCGGAGUUCAGCGAGCCGGUGGAGCUCCAGGUGGCAGGAAGUUGAUGCAGCUGCAGACUCAGGAUGUUAAUGGUAUCCUUGGCGAGUAUUUUCUCCCUUCUGGCACUGAUCCCUCAUGCUGCAGCUGGAGGCUGGACUCACCCCGGGGGUGCUGGAGGACUGUCCCUCAUUCCUCCUGGGAAUCAAUAAAUGUGAAGAGAGACUUUAA